ACGUGUUUGCGCCGACGCGUUGGCAACACAGUUCAACCGUCACCUUCACAUCACACAUCACCAGUCGCGACUUUGUUGAUCGCACAGGCUACCCCGAUCCCGCUCCAUGAAUUUCGGCUUUUCAGACGAUGCCUCUGGCUCGUCGAAUUGGUUAGGCUUCGGCCGCACUCAGCGCAACGCGAGCGCAACAUCACCUGGGGUUGGCGCUGCUUCUAGCAUUGGAGCCGGCGCUGUCGCAUCAAGCCCCAACCUCCUCAACCCUGACGAGACCUCGUUCGCCGAGUCGUAUCGCCCCGAGACUUCGCCGUUGUUCAAUCCCAUGUUCCUACCUCGUUCCGACGCCACCUCGCCGUCGGCCUUGACCUCCACCAAUGCCCCAGGCUGGGACUGGCAGCGCGAUUCGGCGCCCGUCGAGGCUGGCAACUAUCAAUCGUCCCCCUUGGCUCGUGGCGCGCGUGCUCAAAGUCUCGAUUUAUCUACAGAAAUUGAGGGCCAGGCGCUUCUGGAGAAGACCGAUGCUCAGGAGCCGGUCGAUGCGUCGCGUCGCGGAUCUUCUCCUCUCCAAGAAUCGGCUGCGCAAUCCGCAGAUGCCGAGAAGGCAAAGCAAAAUGCGAUGAACUUUGGAGGAUCGGACAAUGUUGAGGCACAGGAUCAGGGACUUGGUACUGAGACUACAGAGGAGAUCAUUGCAGCAACCAACCAUGUUUCCGAAGAGGCAGCUGGAAAGAACGCGACCGAUGUGCAGGGCACUGAGGAUCAGGCAGCAACCACAGUGCAUCUAGGGUCACAAUCGCCUGUCUCGACAAUCUCCAAUGAGAUGAACCAGCCUGAAACCGAAGAAAUGGUUGUCGACUCCGAGCCUCCUGCUCCCGAAGAGACUCAGCACUCUCCCAGCGGAGAAGAGGAUGCGGACGAAUCCGGCAUCCCACCCCCGUCUACAGCAAAGCGAGGCAGACGCAAUGCUAGCGAGAUGCUGAACGCGGCGGCGAAAUCGAUCGUCAAGAACAUUGAUGGACCCCGCAAGCGCCUUUCGUUUGUCCCUUGGUCCCCAGUUGUCAAACCAACUCCUUUGGCGAAGCGUGGGCGCAAGUCGAUGCCAGCUAGAAUCGAUGCUGAGACUCCCAAAAAGCGAGGCCGUCCACGAAAGAGCGAGACUGUCGCCACCCCGGCUACAACUACCAAAAGCCCGGCCAAAAGAGGACGACCCAGGAAGUCUGAUGCGCCGGCAACGACCAUGCCCAGUGCCACGAAGAGACGAGCGGGUCCAACUCCCCGCCGCACCACGAGCAUCGCCCAGACUCCGGGAAAGUCGCCCCUCAAAGCGGUUCAGACUAACUCCUCCGCGGCGACUCCAAACAAGGUUGGCCGUCCCCGCAAGACGCCAGCUAAAGACACACCUGCCGCGACAACAGAGACCCCCAAGCGACGUGGUCGACCUCCCAAGAAUACUCCUCAGCCUUCAUCAGUGAAGCCCGUCGCUUCUAGAAGCUCCGGUCGUGGACUCAGAUCAACAGAUGAGUCCCUGCCUGCUACGCGCGCUGUUAAGCCUCGUGCUGUGCCAUCUCCUGCGAAGCGAGGACGACCUGCUAGGAAGGCUGCAGCACCAGUCUCAAAGCCUACGCUGGACAAGCCUGCUGCCACACGAGGCCGCCGAGCUGCCGUCAAGGCUGAUAACAAGGAUACUGCGGUUACUGCGGUUGCUGCAGCUCCUAUCGACCCGCCCAAGAGACGCGGACGUCCCCCGAAGAACGCGACUACGUCUAAGGCAGAGGAGCCAACGGCGAAGCCUGAGACGAAGAAACGCGGGCGUGGUGCAGCUGUUCCAGAGCCCGCUUCCGUCCCAGCCCCGAAAAAGCGCGGCAGAGCUGUCCAGACGAAAACUGAUGAUGCUGCACCAGCGGCAGCCAAGCCACGAGGCCGCCCAAAGCGCACUCAGCCGGAGGCCGAUGCACCUGAACCCCCCGCAAAGAAACAGCGAACUACGCGAGGCGCGGAGGAGCCAACCGCUCCAGCACGACGAACAGGACGCAGCGCAGCAAAAGAAGCCGUGGUAAAGGAUACGGCAUCAUCCACUCGCGCAAAGACAACGAGCUCCAAGCCUGAGGCCGCUCCAGCAGCGGCCGAGCCACCCAAGGCUGCGACUCGUGGCCGCGGCGCUGCAAAGUUGGCCGCGGACAAGCCAGCACCGAAAACCCGCGGUGUUGCCGCCAAGUCCGGAAAGGGCGAACUCCCCAGCUCCAAGGCCGCCGCGGAAGAGAAGCCAAAGCGAGCGAGUGGUCGCGGUGCUGGUCCUACAGGUGUGGUGAAGAAGACCGCGGAAAAGGCUGCGCCGCGACGGGCCUUGAGAUCCAGAGGAUAGAGUGGUCAUGGAAUGGUACUGGGAAUGGGUGUGGUAUAUUGAACAAUGCACAACGGCUCAGGAGUUUUGAUGAUUGAUCAGGAGUGGUUCGGCAUCGGGGGCCUUUUACGAAACGCGGCACUACUGUAUUAUAAGUAUCUCUCGAUGAAAAGAAAUGCGCGAGGUGAGGUUUUUGGCCUCUAGCUACCUACCUUUCAACCACGAUCGUGCAAACACUCAAGCU